CCUAUAUUACGGUAAACCGUACGUCACCAAAAGGGGACGGCGUCGACGUCAGAGAGUAGUGCCACGGGCUCACUGGCUUUUAGUGGUUUGUAUUUUUGUACUUUCAGACCGAUUUCUACGAGUUUCACUGGAUAUCAAACAGUGUGUUUUUCACAGAGCUGUCCUCUCUUUUUUAUGGACUCGUAUAUGCUGACACAAAUAGCCUAAUAAGCAGUCAUGUUUCACAACAGCUCGCAGAGAAAACACUGGACGUUUAACAGUGAAGACGAGCUGGAGCAGUGCAGAUGUGAUGCCAAUCAGAAGUUUCGUAAAAAGACUGUAGAAAGUGGGAAGCCUGUUGUGAGUGACUCUUUGAUAUUGGAGCGCCACGAAGAAGACGUUUUAUUCAGACACUAUGAGAGGAGGCUGAUGGACUUCUGCAAUGCAUUCAAACCUGUGAUGCCAAAGUCUGUGGUGGGUACAGCCAUCAUGUACUUCAGAAGAUUCUACCUGAACAACUCCAUUAUGGAGUACCACCCAAGGAUUAUCAUGCUGACGUGUGCAUACCUGUCCUGUAAGGUGGAUGAGUUCAACGUGUCCAGCAGCCAGUUUGGGGGCAACCUCCUGCAGGAGACCCCAGCUGGACAGGAAAGGGUUCUAGAGCAGAUCCUGGAGUAUGAGCUGCUGCUAAUCCAGCAACUCAACUUUCACCUGGUGGUCCACAACCCUUACAGACCUAUGGAGGGCCUGCUCAUUGACAUCAAGACGAGAUACCCUACACUGGAGAACCCAGAAACACUGAGGAAGAAUGCUGAUGACUUUCUGACACAGGCAACCAUGACAGAUGCAGGGCUGCUGUUUACCCCCUCUCAGAUCGCUCUGACCGCUAUUCUGAACAGCGCCACAAGAGCCGGACUCAGCAUUGAGAGCUACCUGACUGAAUGCUUGGGACUAAAGGACAAAGAGACCCUCUCAAAGACCUACGAGUCUAUGAGACGGAUGAAAAAUCUCCUGAAGAGGUACGGACUUCCCAAAUCAGACGAGGUGAACGUUUACAAACAGAAGCUGGAGAGAAUCCAUGUUGAAUUUGGCACAAGUUCAAACAACAAACGAAAGAGAGGCUACGAGGAAGACGGCCAUGUAUCGAAGGAGCCGCGCUUGACAGAAGAGUAUUUCACUGAUGAAGACCUGCUAUGAGCAUUUAUUCCAGUGUGGUUCACCAUUUUAAGUUAUUCUACUACUUCAUUCCAGUAUUGAACUGUCAAGUUAAUGACGCAGAUGACUGAGGCUUUAAAGAAAAAGAUGGGAGUGUCACAGUUUGUAUUCAUUUACUUUGUCAAUCUUGGGCUUUCCUUUGUUCUGCAGUAAGAAUAAAAAUAUUUUUCUAAAUAUUCUGUCUUAAUGUUUCUGUGAAUUAACAACAGAAUAGUAUAACAAGCCACACGCUGCUGUGUGCAUACUUUUCUCCACAA